AUGGAGAGGGCAAAGAAAAAGAAAAAAAUGUCCUUAUUGAGGGCUCGUACUAAGCAGACCACAUGCAAGUCAACGGGCAGGAAGGUGCCCUGCAAGCAGCUGGCCACCAAGGCACUCCGCAAGAGCACACCAGCCACCGGUGGUAUGAAGAAGCCACACUGCUACCGGUCAGACACCUUGGCUCUGCGUGAGAUCCUCCAGCUGCUGUUUCAGCAGCUGGUGAGCAAGAUCUCCAGGACUUCAAGACCAACCUGCUGCUCCCAGAGCUCAGCCAUCAUGGCACUGCAGGAGGCAUGUGAGGCCUACCUGGUGGGACUCUUCGAGGACACCAACCUCUGCGCAUUCCCCACCAAACACAUCACCAUUAUGCCCAAGGACAUCCAGCUGGCAUACCACAUCAGUGGAGAGAGAGCAUUAAGUUUAUGA